AUGAUGUACCUUAAAUUUCCCAGCGGUUUAAUUGAAGUGAUCACCGGUCCGAUGUUCUCGGGUAAGUCUGAAGAGCUGAUCAAACGGAUCAAAAUUUUGCAGUACGCCAAAGUUAAAACUUUGGUUGUUAAACCAAAACUGGAAAAACGCUGGAACAAAGACGCAAUCUUUUCACGAGCUGGUACUUCAAUCGAAACGAUUAGCGUCACCACGGCUCGCCAAAUUUUGGAAAAGUGAACCCCAGAUUUCCAAGCGGUUGCGAUUGAUGAAGCGCAGUUCUUUGACGCUGAAAUUGUUAAAGUGGUCGUUAAGUUGGCCGACCAAGGCGUGCGAGUGGUAAUCUCCGGUCUUGAUAAAAAUUACCUAGCUCAACCUUUUGGCGCGAUGCCAACUUUGUUAGCAAUUAGCGAUAAAGUCGAUAAAUUAAUCGCUGUCUGCGUGGUUUGCGGAGCGGCUGCCACCUUGACUUUUCGGCGUAAAGGCGGAAAAGAACUGAUUCAAAUCGGCGACAAAGAGUACCAGGCGCGUUGCCGUCACUGCUACCGUCUAGGAAUGGAAGACAAAAACGAAGAUUGCUAA